CUUAUUUACCAAACACUUCCAAUUUUUACUUUUUCUCGGCUUGCGUGUGAAAAGUGCUUUUCCCUUUUCUAUUACACAAAAAGCACUUAUUUUACCAAACACUACCAACUUUUACUUUUCAAAAUCACUUUUUUCUCAAACACUAUCAACUUUUACUACUAAUCACUUUUUCAUUACAUCUCCAAAAGUGCUUUUUUUUAAGCAGAAGCAGUUGCAAACACUCCCUAAGUUCCUAACAUUUCCAGAGUGGAGUAUAUAACCUGCUUCCCUUCGGCUCGGAAGUCCUACUCGAAAAUUUUCUGCAUCCAAUCAGGUACUUCAUUCUAUAAGCCCCAAUCUCAUCAAUCGGUUGUCUUCGUCAUUAUUGUCGUCAUCAUUCUUUGCUGCAUCAGCUUCCACCCUUACCAAAUACUGUAUACCAAAAUUAAGUCUUUCUUAAUUAUCCAAAUAUGAAACACAAUUUUAAGAUGUUUCUAUCAUUGGUGGAAUUUCAGAUCUAUGCUUAGUAUUCCAAAUCUGAAACACCAAUUGGUAGAUCUUUUUAUUAUUAUUCAGAUUUGUAUCCCCCUCCCCAAUUUUGCGGUUUUAUGCAUUUUCUUUAUUUAUAACAGGUGAUUGAGCUCUGUAUUUUAUUUUUUUAGUAAGUAGUGUAUAUUAUAUCAGAACAUCUGCAUUUUUAUUUUGUAAAGCAUCUUCUACAUUGACAAAUCUGCGGUUUUCUUUAGCUGUUUAAAUUUUGGCUGCUUCAAAAUAUACCACUACUUAUUUUUUUACCUUUCAUGAUUUUUCUUUGAUCUUAUUUGUGUAAGUACUUUACUCAUUGAAUUGUUUGGAUCAUUCUUUAAGAAGGUUUCAUUGACAUGGUAUUACCACAUUAAAGGACAAGAAGGGCAAUUCUGAAAAUAGUAUUCUUUGGCAAAAUAGACAAGUAUAUAUUCCCUAUAGCUAUAUGCCUAUAUGGCUAUAUGUAUAUGUUCAGAAAGUGUACAGUUCAAUCUUCAAAAAUAAAAAUUUAAAUCACACGCACAUUGACAUUAAUACAUUAUCCCCCUAUUUAUUUUGAUUGUUUUCAAGCAUGUUUGAUUUCUUCUCAAAUCAUCAUUUUUUACUAAAUAGGUAGUAUCCCUUUGCUUGCCCUAUUCAUUUUAGUUUUAAAUAAAAUUGAUGUUUGGAAAUGUAUACUAAAACCACAUUUUUGCUAAUAUACAAGCAUUGUUAUGUUUCAUCAUAGAUGUCUUAGGUUACUAUACUCUGAUACGGAAAAUGUGAGGUCGUUUAAAGUUUAUCUAUCAGUCUUUGUUAAUAUACAAGCUUUAUUAUGUUUCAUCAUAGAUGUCUUAGGUUACUAUACUCUGAUUCAAACUUCAUUUUGAAUUAUAAAUUAAGCAAUAUAAAUAUAAAAUAUGAACACUUUCACGCAGUUUAUUGAAUGAGAGCCAAUCUUUGGGUUGAGAUAAAUCAUAAAUUAAAAAAAAAUUGAAUUUUAUAGUUAGAGUUUUUGCAGACAAUUAAGCACAAAUCUCUCACUGUACUUUUUAUUGAAAAUAAUCAAAUGCAAAAUAAAAGAGAAUAUAAAUAUAAACAUUUGAUCUAUAGGCUACCUAUAUUUCUCUUGAUAUUUGUUAUCUUUUCGAUUUUGCUGAGAAACUGCAUAACAACAACAUUACUACUAAUAAUUAUUAUUAUUAUAUAUUAUAUAUUACAUAGAUACAUUGUUCAAUUGCUAUUAAUGAAUUACUGGUUGGCUGCCAAAUUAGAUGGCGAAGGAGCAUAGUGGGUCCCCAAAGCUUCAAAAGCUGGAAGCGAAGAGGAAACAACUGACUUGGAUUUUGGGAGUAAGUGGCCUUUGCAUCCUAUUCUACAUUCUAGGAGCUUGGCAGAGUACAUACUCUCCCAUCUCUUCUGCUGGCCAAUCUCACCUUUCCACAAGUGUUGAAUGCAAUAACAGUCAAUCAUCCGAAAAUCCAGCCGUGUCAUCAUCGUCAUCAUCAUCAUCAUCAUCAUCAACACCGCUUGAUUUUGAAAGCCAUCAUCAGUUGGCGGUGAAUGAAGAUGAUGCCGAGGAGAAUAAGAACUUCCCACCAUGUAACAUGUCAUACAGUGAGUAUACUCCGUGCCAACAUCCACCAAGGGGAAGGAUGUUUCCUCGGGACAUGAUGAAAUACAGGGAGAGGCAUUGCCCCUCAAAGGAAGAGCUCCUCAGCUGCCUAAUUCCAGCCCCGCCAAACUACAAGAGACCUUUCAAGUGGCCUCAGAGUAGGGACUACGCUUGGUUUGCCAAUAUUCCCCACAAAGAGCUUAGCGUUGAGAAAGCCGUCCAGAAUUGGGUUCAGGUUGAAGGCGACCGCCUUAGGUUUCCUGGGGGUGGCACUAUGUUUCCCCGUGGAGCUGAUGCAUACAUUGAUGAUAUUAGUGACCUCAUUCCCCUCACAAAUGGGGCCAUUCGAACCGCCAUUGAUACAGGCUGUGGAGUGGCAAGUUGGGGUGCAUAUCUGUUGAAGAGAAAUGUUGUGGCUAUGUCUUUUGCCCCGAGAGAUACACACGAAGCGCAGGUAUGGUUUGCUCUGGAGAGAGGUGUCCCGGCUAUGAUUGGUGUUUUGGGUUCACAAAGACUUCCAUAUCCUGCAAGAGCUUUUGAUUUGGCCCACUGCUCACGCUGCUUGAUACCUUGGGCCGUCAAUGAUGGAUUAUAUUUAACUGAGGUUGACAGAGUGCUUAGGCCAGGAGGGUACUGGAUACUUUCAGGCCCACCUAUCAACUGGAAGACACAUUGGAGAGGGUGGGAGAGGACCAAAGAAGAUUUGAAGAAAGAGCAAGACUCCAUUGAGGAUGCUGCCAAACGAUUGUGCUGGAAAAAGGUAACUGAAAAGGGAGAUCUAUCUGUCUGGCAAAAGCCCAUAAACCAUCUGGGCUGUACCAGAUCAUUAUCGAUUUGCAAGUCCAGUGAUGCCGAUGAUGCUUGGUACAAGGAUAUGGAGUCGUGUAUAACCCCACUGCCGGAGGUAAGUAAAGCAGAUGAAGUUGCAGGCGGUGCAUUAGUGAAGUGGCCAGAGCGUGCAUUUGCCGUUCCACCAAGGAUUAGCAGUGGUUCAGUCCAGGGUAGCAUCACAACAGAGACAUUCAAAGAGGAUAACGAAGUGUGGAAGCAAAGAGUGGCAUAUUACAAAAAAAUUGCAAGUCCCUUACACCAAGGGCAGUACCGGAACGUAAUGGACAUGAAUGCCAAUUUAGGUGGCUUUGCAGCUGCUUUGUUGAAGUAUCCGGUGUGGGUGAUGAAUGUUGUCCCGGCUAACAUAGACCCCGACACUUUGGGAGUGAUCUACGAACGUGGCUUCAUCGGCACGUACCAUGAUUGGUGCGAAGCAUUCUCCACGUAUCCACGUACAUAUGAUCUCAUCCACGCUGGCGGCGUCUUCAGCAUAUAUCAGCCCAGGUAACUUGUAACUUGAGUGUUGUUUUACCAUUUAACCCUUAUUAAAGUUAAUGUUACAUCUACCAUGCAGUGAUGGUUAAAAUGGUGAUUCCAUUACUCAUAACCAUGAGCAUGAAAUGUUCACUUACAAUGUUUGGGAUCAAAUUAGUAUUUUACCCUUACAAUGCGCAUUCAGUUAUCCUAAUAGUAUCUUCAGUGGAAAAUAAAAAUAUGAUGUUUUGACUCCCUCAUACACCUAACCUAAUUAUAUUUCACUUUCCCUUGAAAGUGGAUUAAUCUUCCUUCGGAAUAGGGAAUCCAUUUCUAAGAGGCAAGGUUUAUAUUAUUGGGAAAAUGCGUUUUUUUCUUGAGAUAGGGUGCUUUAUGGAGGAUCAACCAAACGCGCACUAAUAUUAAAGUUAUUACUGAUAUAUCAUAAAAUGUUGGUAACCAAAAUGACAAUAUUACUCUGAAAGUGUCAUCAAUCUAUGUUGUAAAACUUGGAUGAGAACUUUACAUGCAUUUUUCUACACCAUACUCAAGAUGCACAUUUGAGAUGAAAUUACCAUUUUACACUUACCAUAAGUUAGUAACUUACAUAGACGUACAAUGAUGGUUUAAAUGGUUGAGUUCAAUUUUCUAGUCAUGUUUUUUUUUUAUCAUAAUUUUCUAGUCAUGUUGUUGCUCUAAUCUAGCAAACUCAAUUUUGUGGUUGAAGGUGCGACAUAGCAAACAUUCUUCUGGAGAUGGACAGGAUCUUGAGGCCUGAAGGGACUGUGAUAUUCAGAGAUGCAGUGGAGGUUUUGGUGAAGGUGAAGAGUAUAACAGAUAGGAUGAGAUGGGAGAGUCGGAUUGUGGAUCAUGAAAGUGGACCAUUUAACCCGGAGAAAAUUCUUGUUUCUGUGAAAAGUUACUGGACUGGAAGCACUUAAUUAGAGUGAAAGUGGGGUGGGACAACCAAACAAAGCUGAUGUCUUAUUCAGUUUGACAAUUUUAAGGGUGUUUUGUCCCUACAACCCCAACUCCACAGCAUUUUUAUUUAGAGGAUACAUCUUGAACUUGCCAAUAAUGCUCCUCAACUCUGAUGGGCUGCUGGCGAUCAAUCAAAUUUUCAGAGGUAAGCUCCAUUGUCCCGGCAAGCAUAUGGUAAAAACGAAGACAUACCAUAUUUAAGGAUGUUCCUGUUACAUACCGCAAUCCAUGUUAUGUAUUUUUAUUAUAUUGCAACAAAUUCCUCUCUUCUGCAUUUGUAAUUCUUUUUGUAGUUAGUACCACGUUAUUAUUGAGUUUCAAGAUUCAACAAGGUAUGAUUAAACACCCAUUGUGAGUGUACCGACCCGGGUAGCCGCAAUUUUGAUCAUACCCCAAUGCUCACUUUUGACACCAAUUAUUAUAUGCAUAUUUUUUUAUAAUUAUGUCUUCUGCACUAAAUCUUAUUUAAGCAGUACUGGAUGUUUCAUUCCCUGUCUUCUGUAUUAGAUUUGAUUGCAGGAUUUGUAGGAGUACCGUUAGUUUUUAUGCUUGUUCAAUUGGAAGUACAAUAAUUUAGUAUUUAUUUAUUUUAAUUCUUUAUUUGCAUCA